CUACAGGAAACAGGGGAAGCUGUACCAAAAGCAGCUGAAGCUUGUGGUAUACUUACUAGCAGUGCUUAUAGACUUCUAAACCAGUUUAAUGACAAUAACGGAACCAUUCUUCCAGGUAGUACAUCUACACAAAAAGGAAAAGCGAAACCAAAAAAGCUAUUUCCUGUCCAUACCGCCUUUUUGAUCCAG